UGUUAUGCUUGUAGUUACAAAUUGAAGAAAUUAAGAAAACUCUUUUUCGUUGAAUUUUUCUAUAUGGUUAGUCGUGCCCAAGUAUCUUUUAUAUUUUUUCUUCCUUCUCGCUUCUCUAUUUCUAUUAAAUUUCUGGGCUAGGGCCGCGGGCUUGGAGAUAUCCCAAAAAACCCUAAACCCUAAAUCCUAAAACCCUACUUAUACUCCUCAACCUAACCUUCUCAAACCCUAACCCCAAUCCUCAACCCCAACCAGGAGCUUCUUCUCUCUCUCCUUCUCUCUCUUAGAUGGAAAGGCAUAGCUUUUGUAGCAGCAAUAACACCAACACCAACAAUAUCAAAGACAAGCAGCAAUGGAGAGCCGAAGAAGCCAUAGCUGGCAACGCUGAAGCUCUCCAAGCUCUCAGAAAACUCAUCAUCGACCCUAUUUUCUAUCCGCGUGAAGGCCAAAAGCCCCGUCUCAGAUGGCCUAGAGGUUUACUUCUCUACGGUCCACCAGGCACCGGAAAGACAAGCUUGGUACGAGCAGUAGUUCGGGAAUGUGGUGCACAUUUAACUGUCAUCAGUUCAGAUUUUGUUCCCAAAGCGCGUGCUGGAGCAGGUGAGAGAUUUUUACAGGAGGCUUUCUCAGAGGCUUCAUCGCAUGCAUUGCCAGGCAAGCCGUCACCAGUCAUCUUUAUAGAUGAAAUAGACGUACUCUGUCCUGGCCGUGAUUCUAGUAGUGCGAAAGAUCGCCUAGCAUCUCAACUCUUUAUGUUGAUGGACUCCAACACAUCCUCAGCUUCUGUAUCACAAGUUGUUUUUGUUGCAUCCACUAACAGAGUUGAAUCAAUUGAUCCAGCACUCAGAAGGCCUGGGCGUCUUGAUUUUGAAAUUGAAGUUACUACACCUACAGAAGAAGAACGCUUUCAAAUUCUCAAGCUCUACACGAGGAAUGAGCCUUUGGAUUCCAACGUUAAUCUACAAGCCUUAGCUGCAUCUUGCAAUGGAUAUGUUGGGGCUGAUCUUGAAGUUUUAUGUCGUGAGGCUAAUCGCUUUGCAAAGAAAAGGAACUCAGAUGCAAAUGAAGAUGCUGGUGUGUUUAGUGUAACAACAGAAGACUUGAUGCAUGCAAGAUCUGAGGUUAAUCGAAGUAUAACAAGAGGAGUUACGGUGGAAAUCCCCGAAUUGAAGUGGGAAGAUAUAGGAGGAUUAAAAGCUGUGAAGAAAAAGCUCAAGCACGCCCUUGAGUGGCCUCUUAAAUAUGCUACACAGUUUACAUGGAUAGGAAUAUCACCCAUGCGUGGAAUUCUUCUCUAUGGUCCUCCAGGAUGCUCAAAAACCACCCUUGCUAAAGCUGCUGCUCAUGCUACCCAAGCUUCUUUUAUUUCUCUGAGUUGUGCGGAUUUGUUUUCAAAGUAUGUUGGAGAGGGUGAAGCCUUGCUGCGCAAUACCUUUCGGAUUGCUCGCCUUGCAGCACCAAGUAUAAUAUUCUUUGAUGAGGUUGAUGUUGUUGGUAAUAAAAGAGGUGACAGUUCAAGCAACAACAGUACCGUUGGAGAAAGGAUUCUGUCUACUUUGCUGAAUGAAAUGGAUGGUUUAGUAGAGGCCAAGGGAGUCUUUGUUUUGGCUGCUACGAAUCGUCCUUCUGCAGUGGAUCCUGCAUUACUUCGCCCAGGGCGCUUUGGAUUGGAGCUCUUUGUACCACCACCAGAUUUAGAAGGUCGAUACGAGAUACUUCAGAUACUUACACGUAAGGUGAGUGUAGCACAUGAUGUUGAUCUCAAACAAAUAGCAAAAGAUACUGAGCACUUCACAGGAGCCGACCUGAAGCUGCUAUGCCAGGAAGCUGGAUUAUUGGCUCUGGAAGAAGACAUAGAUGCCCCAUUUGUGUGCCAUCGCCAUUUCCAGACUCUAAUACCCGAAAUCAAGGUUGAUUCAUAUUCUUCGACAUCAACUGCAGAACACGAUGAGUGCGGAAGGACUUCUUAUGCACAAAGUGCAGAACAAACCCAACGCAAUCAUCAAAGACGGUGGCAAGGAGUUUCCUUUCCCUUUAAAUUUAUUUGGGUUUUUUUUAAGUGCAGUUUUUUUAUUUAUAUUUUUUUAGGAAGCACCUUCAGUCUUUUUUCUAAACCCUAAACUCAACGAGUUAGGGUAUAGUAUGCUAUUAGGAUUUAACAAAUUGAGAGAGUUGAAAUUGAAA